GAUACUGGAGGGAGGAGGGGGAAGAGGAGGGGUGAGGAACAGCCGAGAGGAAAACUGAGCCCCAUCAGUUAGACCUCAUCAGUCCUGUGUCGACUCACGCUCUUCUUCUCUCGUUUGGAGGCGGUUUACCUCGACAGAAGCAGACACAAACAGAUUUUCCACUCCAGAGUCCUGAACCUGAGAAAUCCUCAGCACGUUCUCUGCUGGCUCCCGGUCCACUCUGACGCACGCCAAAGCUGGUUCUCGAGUCACAGCAGUUGGGUUCUGGGAUUAAAGAUGGUUCUGGAACUGGUUGUAGAGUACAGUCAGUGACACGAGCGGGUUGUGAACCGGGUUCAAGAGUCACAGCAGGCUGCCAAGAUUCACUGUGGGAUCGAGAAUUAGGUUAGGAGUUGGAGCAGGCACCACAAUGGUAUCUGGAUUCACAAAAGUGGAUUCGGCCAGGGGCUCUGGAAUGGGACCCAGACUGGGUUCCAGACUUUCCUCCAUGUGUGAGAUGUUCACCGUGCUGCUGGUCGUCUGGUGUUGGCUGUUCGUCCAUCCGGUCGGUUGCCACAGGAACUUCUCAUCUGAGCCAUCUCAGACCUUGGACUUGAUGAUGGACAACCUGCCUGGUUUCUAUGGCACCGAUCCACCCGUAGGACCCGGGAUGGACCAUCUAAUCCACACCUUGGACAGAGAGUCCCAUCUGGCGCAGGAGACCGUGAACAAGUCCCCAUCCUUGCCGGAAAAAGGAAAGUCAAAACACAUCAGCAAGCUGAAAGACAAACCUGAGAGAAAGUCUCCGUCUCACUCGUCCAACUCGUCUCAGGCGGUUCAUAAGGUGUCCGUGUCGCCCCCGAGCUGCCUGCAGGCCACGUCCAUAAAAACAGCCUUCAAGUACAUCAACACGGUGCUGUCCUGUGUCAUAUUUGCUGUGGGGAUCAUCGGAAACGCCACCCUGCUCAGGAUCAUUUACCAAAACAAAAACAUGAGGAAUGGACCCAAUGCUCUCAUAGCCAGUCUGGCCCUGGGAGACCUGAUAUACAUCGCCAUCGACAUACCCAUCAACGUCUACAAGCUCUUGGCCAUGCGGUGGCCGUUUGCAGACAGCGCGUUCGGUCUGUUCCUCUGUAAGCUGUUUCCCUUCCUGCAGAAGACCUCAGUCGGCAUCACCGUCCUCAACCUGUGUGCUCUGAGUGUGGACAGGUAUCGUGCGGUGGCGUCCUGGUCCCGGGUGCAGGGCACAGGUCUUCCCACGGUGACGGCGGUGGAGAUCGUGGUGAUCUGGCUGCUGUCCAUGGUGCUGGCCGUGCCCGAGGCCAUCGGCUUCAACAUGGUCACCUUCGAGUACAGGAACGCUACCAUAACGACCUGCAUGCUGCAGCCCAGGACGCCCUUCAUGAUCUUCUACGAGAAAGCAAAGGAGUGGUGGCUGUUUGGCUUCUACUUCUGCGCGCCCCUGAUCUGCUUUGCCAUUUUCUACGGCCUGAUGACCUGCGAGAUGCUCAGACACCAGAAAGGAUGUCUGAGGAUCGUGCUGACUGAACACCUUAAACAGCGCAGAGAAGUGGCUACGACCGUGUUCUGCCUGGUGCUGAUCUUCACUCUGUGCUGGUUUCCGCUCCACCUGAGUCGCCUGCUGAAGAAGAUGGUCUACAAACCCCAUGAUGCAGACCGCUGCGAACUCUUAAAUUUCCUGCUGGUGCUUGACUACUUCGGCAUCAACAUGGCGACCAUAAACUCCUGCAUCAAUCCCAUAAUCCUCUACUUUGUCUCUAGGAAGUUCAAAAACUGUUUCAAGUCCUGUCUGUGUUGUUGGUGUUAUUCUGGCUCUCUCUCCAACAGUAUGAUGCCUCUCCACCACGGGACGAGCCUGCAGUACAAACACACUGACCACUGAGUCUUCGUCUUCAUCUUCCUGUGCGAGUGACACAACACAACCCCUGCAUCUAUGUUUAAUUCUUGUAUUUAUUCAGUUUAAAUAUUAUAUUUUAUUACAGACUAAUUGUUGUAUGGUGUUAUAUUGUAAACUAUACCGCUUGGCAUAUUUAAUAUAUCCACUGCAACUCUGCCUGUAAACAAAUAAAGCGAGUCUGAGGUUUAAAAGUGCA